CCGGACCCUACGAAGCAGUUCAUUCUUAUCAUGGACUGGCAGCUAGAGGCGACCUCCUCUAUUCUCGCGCAAAAGGGUAACGACGGCCGAGAGCACGUCAUGGAGUACGCUUCUCAAACGGUGCCAGACAAGCGGAGGAACGAUUGGGCCCCACAGGGCGAAUGCUACGCAGUGGUCUGGGGGAUUCAGCACUUCCAUCCGUACUUAUACGGACAAAAGUUCCUCCUUGUAACCGAUCACGAGCCACUACUGGCUCUCAAGAAGCUCACUAAUUACACGGGUAUGAUUGGACGGUGGGCGGUGCGCCUACAGGAAUACGACUUCGACAUCAUCCAUCGAAAGACAGAGAGGCACGGCAACGCGGACGGGUUGACACGACUGCAUCGCUCCGCUAAGCUGACGUGGACGAGGGACAUAGAGCACCGCGUCUGGAUCGCAUACGUGGAGCUGUUGAUCAUACAACUUUGGAGGACGGAGGUGGAGGGAGACCUCGGAUUUCUAUUCGGAUCGGUGCGACCCGACAAUCGACAGCAGAUCGUACAGGAGCUCACGAUUCCCCUCGUGCAGCUGGUCGACGAUCUCCCUCUCGAUAUCGUUUCGCAGUGCGAUGAGAACCCGGUCCCGCACGUCCUUUCACGAACUCUAACACCCUACCUACAUUGGUCGGCUUGCCUCGAGGAGCUGGGAGGUAACAGCAACCCGCCAUCGCAACACGACUAUCUGAACCCGCGGAGGAUAAUCAACCUCGCCUUCUUUCAGCCUCGAACGGCCUCCGAAGACGAAGGGCUAACGCUAGAGGAGGAAGAAGAAGAGGGCGUAGAGGAUGGCGACGAGGAGGAAGAAGAGGAAACCUCAAAAGAAGGAGGGAGCUACAGCGAAUACAGCGAGGAAGAGUCGGGAGGUGAGGAAGAAGAGGAAGAAGAAGAAGAAGAGGAAGAAGAGGAAGAAGAAGAAGAAGAGGGUCAGUUGGAGGAGGAGGAGGGAUCUGAGUGGGAGACUUUCAGUGAAAAGGCGGAACGUGCAGAGCCUCACGAGGAGGAUUUCGAGGCGGCACGAAGGAGAGAGGAGAUCGCAGCUGGAAAGCAGCCGUUGGAGUUCGCAAGUGGAGUGGAGCUGCCGAUCCCGAACGACCCAGCCAAGGAUCCCGAGCCACCCAAGAACGACGAUGGGGACCUUGCUGCCGAGACUUCGAGCGCACCGGCCCGACGGCGACGAAGCCGAUCCCUCUCCCCCUCCACCUCCGCCCGUCCACCAGUUCGAGCUCGUACCGAUGCGGGGCAUCGGGCUUCGUCCCCGGUCCUUAUCCCGUCGUCCCCUUGAUCACCUCACCCUCCCCCAGAUCACCACCCGCACCACUUUCCCCUGCAAUCCCUUCCCAAUCGACACCUUCCGCUUU